AUGGCUCCCAUUGCUCUCGGCGCCGACUCUCCGGCCGAUUCAAUACAGGCUCUGAAGAGCCGGGUGAAGACCGCCGACCCGGCCAUUUUCCCGGACGGCCUCAAGACGUCGGGUCAACACCCGCCCUUAUAUGACCAGAUAUACCCUUACAGCGCCUUCCCAAAGCACAUUGAGGGUUCAACAGUAUGGCGGCCGGAAGACUACGCCAACAAUCCGGAGCGCUGGGUCCAUGAGUUCUCGGCAUCCGAGAUCGAAGAGAUCUCUCAAGCCGCUGACAACUUCAUCACCUCCGGUCUCCCUAUCACAGGCAUCACCAAGGAGAAUUUCCCUUUACCAAGCCUAGAUGCUCACUUAGCUUCCAUGCGCCAGGAACUUAUUAAUGGCAAAGGGUUUAUGCUAUUUAAGAAGGGCAUUCCUGUCAAUGAAUGGGGAAACCAUAAGUCUGCUGUCGCAUAUUUUGGAUUGGGUGUGCAUAUCGGCUAUCCUGUCUCACAGAAUAGAAAUGGUCAUAUCCUUGGACAUGUCCAAAGCCUUGACGUAGACAGCUCUAAGACUGACUCAGUGCGUAUCUACAAGACCACAGCUAGACAGGCAUUCCAUGCCGAUGAAUGCGACAUAGUCGGCCUCCUGUGCCUAGCCCGCGCCCAAUCCGGCGGCGAAUCAGACGUAGCAUCCAUCCACCACGUCUGGAACAUCCUGCAAGCCGAGCGUCCGGACGUCGCCGAGCUCCUCACCCAACCAAUCUGGUACUUCGACCGGAAAGGCGAAGUGUCCGCCGGCGAGGAGCCAUACAUCCGGGGCGCCGUAUUCUACCUCGAGACCCCCGACGGCGCCAACCCGCAGCGCGUCUACUGCAAAUGGGACCCGUAUUACGUGCGCAGUCUCACGCGGUUCUCGGACGCGGGGAUCAUCCCGCCUCUGUCCCCCGCGCAGGAGGAAGCCGCUGAUAUCCUCGAGGCCACGUGCGAGCGCGUCAAGCUGCAUAUGAUCCUCGAGGUGGGCGAUAUCCAGUUCGUCGCGAACUCGCAUACCCUCCACGCGCGCACCGCGUAUACGGAUUACGCGCCUAUCACGGGGAAGCCGAGACGGCAUCUCAUGCGCCUUUGGCUCUCGGUGCCGCAGGGCGAAGGGGGCUGGAGGUUGCCGUAUUGGGAUGCUGAUGAGAAGAAGCGCGGGGGCAUACAGGUUGAUGAUACGGCUCCUGUUGCGAGACUUGAGGGGGAUUAG